UAAUAAUGCAUGUGGAAUAUUAUGUGUAUUAAAAUACAUACUAUUGUUGUCGGCCGUCUAUUUCUGCUACAGUUUUUUCUUCGUGACAGAUAUAAAAGGUGUUAGACGUUUUAAAAAUUAAAUAACUGUUAUUGAUUGGUAUGACAUGGUCCGGCUUCCAUGAGAAGGCUAACCUACUACCAUGGGAAACAUUUUUGGCAACCUUUUGAAGAGCCUCAUUGGGAAAAAGGAGAUGCGGAUUUUGAUGGUCGGGUUGGAUGCGGCUGGGAAGACCACAAUCUUGUACAAACUGAAGCUGGGAGAGAUAGUGACUACAAUUCCAACCAUCGGUUUUAAUGUGGAGACCGUUGAGUACAAAAAUAUUAGUUUUACAGUGUGGGAUGUUGGUGGCCAGGACAAAAUCCGACCUCUAUGGCGUCACUACUUCCAGAACACACAAGGUCUGAUAUUCGUGGUGGACAGCAAUGAUCGUGAGCGAGUCAAUGAAGCCAGAGAAGAGCUGAUGAGGAUGCUGGCUGAGGAUGAACUGAGAGAUGCUGUACUCCUUGUAUUUGCCAACAAACAGGAUCUGCCAAAUGCCAUGAAUGCUGCAGAAAUUACAGAUAAGCUUGGUCUCCACUCUCUGCGCCACCGUAACUGGUAUAUUCAGGCUACAUGUGCCACGAGUGGAGACGGAUUAUAUGAGGGCCUGGACUGGCUGGCCAACCAGCUCAAGAACAAGAAAUGAAGCAGACUGGAUCCAAAUGGAACAGGUGGAAGAAGAGUCACCUGAGGCCACUCAUCAGGGAGCACCAGUGGUUUUGAUGUUUCUUUCAUCAUUUGUAAGUUGGAGACCAACAGGAGACAGGUCAUUUCAGAACAAACCUUCAGUGUAUUCUCGCACCGUGGAAGAAAAGGUGCAUUAAGCCCCCUUCUGCACCCUUGUCAUGACUCUAACAGGUUAAUAAAAUGAUUGGGUGGUACCCAUGAUUUUCAUAUUUAAUUGGAGAUAAAAAUGGUUUGCUGUGCUCAUAAAAUCAGUCAUUUAAAAAUUAUUUUGUUUCUGUACAUUGUAAAUGUAUGAAUGAAAAGCUUUUACUUAUAUUACUACUAUGGAAUAUAGGAGUAAAUCUUAAAUGCAGGUCAUUUAAACGAUCUUAAAGCUGCACUAAUAGCAGAGAAACCUGUUGAUUAAUUUUCCUAAAGGAUUUAAGUAGUGAAAACAAGUGGAAAUAUUUCAAACCAUUUCAGAAAUGCUCUGUUGUUGCAGAAAUUUAAGAAACAUGUUGUUUUGCUACUGAAAAUUAAGUAGACAUGCAUUGCAAUUUAUUAGCAAUUCAGACUUCCUGACUGUCCGUUUUACUAAGUGGCAUUAAUGCUUUUAAUGCAUGUAUAUACACAUAAUGUUUUUGCACAGGUUACUGAGUAAGCUUUGAUUAGUUCUGUUUGUAAACAGAUAGAGGAAAUGAUUGUUGUGUUUCUCUUGUCCUGGCAUGCAUUUACAAUGAUUAAAUACCACAUUGUUCUGUGUAAAUGAACUGUUUCUUUUAUGCAGAUAUGUGCAGUUCACUAACCAAGCAGCUGUUGUGGUGGGGUACUCUACUCAGUUCUAUGGAUAAAUAAUGACAUUUGUUUCACUACAGUUAACUUUGCAGCUUUUGCAUGCUGUUUGUCUGUGUUGUGGCAUGUAGAAAUGCUUGCAUUGAUCCCUGAAUAUGCCAUCAUUAAUUAAGUUACAUUUGUGUUUGUGACCUUUUGAUAAUGUUGCAUUACUUUAGCCCUGUGACUGAUGUAGCUGAUGGUAAUUAUUUGUAAUUUGUUCAUCCAUAUAUCACUUACAAUACCUCGGAUGUACACAUCUUUCACAUGACGAAUAAUGUCUUGAUUUUACUAUGGACUUAGACUUAGUAAAACAGUUACCAAUAGACUAUAAUAUGUUUGGUGUUGUGUGUUUUUGCUUAUGAAUGACUGAGUGUGUUUAUACAUUAUGUUACAAGCUUAAUAAAAUAUGUGCUUUGAUAAUGUAAUGCGAAGAUCUGUUAGUUCUUGUAAAGUCUUUGCAUUGAGCUACUAUUGAAACAUUUUUCAUUCCGCAAACAUAAACUUCACAUUGCUUUAGAAACAAAACAUGACAGCUGCUUAUCUUUCUUAUUUUGCAUAUGCACACAAUUAUUUUCAGUUGUCUAUACACCUAUCUAUCCAUAUAUCCAUUUCUGUUUAGCCGUUUUCUUCUCCAUUUAUCCAUGCUUGACAACAAGACUUG